CAAAUUCGAGGACAUUUCCAGGACCUCAAGGACUUCCUGGACCACUGGGCGCCAUGAGUCAAUAUAUUUCGAUCAGCCGGUGCAAAUAUCCGCCCAAUAUGGAACGUUUUUAUACAUCUUUAGAUAACGCAAUAGUGUUAGGUUCACAAAGACGCAAAUGCGAAUUAUGUGCUAAUUUACAUUGAUUGGUUUUGCUAUUUUGUACACCGAUUAACCAUGUGAAUGGAUCGUGCUUAAACAACAUGAAAACAGAAAAAUCAAAUCACAUCUCGAUGCUACCGCCAUCAGCGGUAGAACCAAGUAGUAGACAGCUUAUUCAUACAUCUUCUCCUGUAUUUAUCACUCAUGUGCAUAGUUCACAAUCCAACUAUUUCUUUAGUUGUCGCGUGACAGUUGAGGUUAUGUUCGAAGCCUAUUAACUUCAUUUGAUUCCCGGUGAAAAAUUUGACUGUUUAGAAGUUUAUUGAUGUCCGCAUUGAUCGCAUUGACGUCAGUCGUGUGAUUAAAAUAACAGAUAUGUUUCAUCUAUUGCAAUCUUCAAGGAAUAAUUUAUUGAAAUUACAUCUACGGUUCAUACAUUUUUAAUCAACUUGUCUGUAAACUGUGCCUACAAGUAAAGAUCGUCUGAAAAACAAGUAUUUCUAUCACUCGCUUACUGAGGGUCCUUUGCGGAGUCUUGAUUACUUUUCAACUCCUCUGCUUGCCGACAAAACUGAAUUUCAAGCUGACGAAACUCAGAUUCCUGGAGCACAACUUUAUUCAUCCGGAGUACACGAGUAAGGAAGGGGAGUUACGUCGUUGCCGUCGGUUUGACAACAGAAAGGUUGAUCGACAGCGCAAAGGAGCUACGGGACAAGUGCGUUACUGCUUGAAUGAAUUUGAUUUAUGGCAUAUUUUUUAUUUCUGAUGUCGGAAGAAGACAUCACUUAUGAUAGAUAAUACUAGAGUGAAUGAACGCAAUUCAAUACCAAUCAAAUUUGAUAAAUCGUUCAAGCGAAUUGUUUGAGUCAGCAGAUAUUUUUGCUAUAGCCGUUGAACGAUGGCUGCGAUUCCCGAGGCGGUAAUUAGAUUCUUUGAAGCCGUAAAAUCUAACGACAUUGAAAAAGUCGUCGGAUUGUUGAAAAGUAAAGAAGUUGACGUGAACGCGGUAGACGUCACGUCAGAUAAUCAAACAGCCGUGCAUAUAGCUGCAUUUCGCGGAUAUGAAAAAAUGUUGCGGAUACUUGUCGACGAAUACAAUGCGGAUGUUAAUAUUGCUGAUAAAAUGGGGGAAAUACCGUUGCAAAUUGCGUGUGAUAAAUAUAAUGUAAAAAUUGCCAAGUAUCUGAUAGAGAAGAAUUCGAAUUUUCCGGAAUAUGCCGAAUCCUAUUUAAAUGACAAGUUAGUCGAUGAAUUGUUCGAAGCAGCCGAAGCGAAUGAUGUACAAAAAGUAACUGAACUUAUAAAAAAUAAGAGCGUGGAUGUCAAUUCUGUAGACAAAGGUAAUUACAAUAGGACGAUCUUGCAUAUCGCCGUUAUGAAGGGGUACGAGGAGCUGGCUCGUUUACUUGUUGACGAAUUCAAUGCCGAUACCGAUUAUGAGGAUGAAAUAGGCGAUACCGCGAAAAAUAUGGCCAUAGAUUACAAACAUGCGAAUCUAGCUGAAUUACUGGCGAGAAGCAAUAGCAAAGAGUUGAAAUUGGACGCGGAAGUUAGUCAGUCGGAUUCUAAUUCACAGUUGUGCAAAAAACCGAAGCAUAGUCAUCCGACCGCCGAACCUGAUAAACCAUUCAAAUCCUCAAUUACGUCCGAACAAUCUUACAGUACCGGUCAGUAAAUGUUAAAUACGGUAACGUUCAGGCAUUACCGAUACCAUUUUAAAAUGCGCUGUUCGAUACGUUACAUUUGGAAAUUAGCAAUCAAUGGUCUGAAAGAUAUUUUAAGAUAAACAUUAUAUUAUUAUAGAUGCGAAGUCCAAUUUUAUUUGGAAUCACCCGAACGAAAACUAUACUAUUGUCAAGCUAAACCUACUUA